AUGUUAAAGAGACUGAUUGUAUCAUUGCUGCUCCAGUUAGCGGGACUUUUUGUGUUUUUAUCUGGUUUCUUUCCUCAAAAAAACGUCCUGACUGGUGAUGCAAGUUUUACAAUAGAAACUCAAAUACAAGAAAAUACUAAACCUCCAUUCAAUAAAUUAGUACUGGUCGUUAUCGAUGCUCUUCGAAGUGAUUUUUUGUACAGCGAGGUAAAUUCUGAGUUUUCCUUCGUUCAUUCUAAGAUUAAUGUUGGUGAAGCUUGGGGCUAUACGGCUUACUCAAACCCUCCAACAGUAACAUUACCGAGACUGAAAGGUAUAACAACCGGGUCUACUCCAAGUUUUUUGGAUGCAAUUCUGAACGUUGCAGAAGAUGAUUCCUCAUCUAAUAUUAAAGAUCAAGACUCAUGGCCAAGACAAUUUCACAACCACGGUUUUAGAUUGAGAUUUUUUGGUGAUGAUACGUGGCUGAAAUUACUCCCUAAUGAAAUUUUUGAUGAAUAUGAAGGUACAAAUUCUUUCUUUGUUAGUGAUUUUGAGCAGGUUGAUUUAAAUGUAACUAGACAUAUACCCGAUCAACUAAAGGAGUCUAAGGAAUGGGAUGUUCUUAUAUUGCACUACUUAGGGCUAGAUCAUAUUGGACAUAAGGGUGGCGCCAAUUCUACCUUCAUGCCUGCUAAACAUAGAGAAAUGGAUCAUGUGAUUGAGGAACUUUAUAAUGAUAUGAAAGACGAUACAUUAAUGAUAAUUAUGGGUGAUCAUGGUAUGAAUGAUGUCGGAAAUCAUGGUGGUUCAUCCGCUGGAGAAACGUCAGCAGGCCUUGUAUUUCUUUCGAAGAAAUUGGCUAAAUACGAAAAACCUAUUGCUCAGAAAAAUGUUAAGGUCCCGAUGACGUUAGAUGAUUCAUCAACUUUCCAGUAUCUAUCUAGUAUUCAACAAAUGGAUUUAGUGCCUACCAUUUCCUCUUUGUUUAAUGUCCCGGUGCCUAAAAAUAGUGUCGGGGUACUUAUUCCUGAGUUUAUUCAAUUAUUGAGUAAGAAGGUAGCUGGUAUCAAAAUUAUGGAAAACUACAAACAAUUAUUAGAUGUGGCUAAGGAAAUAGAUGAACAGAAUUAUAUUAAAGAUUUUGAAGUUUCGAGGAAAAUCGAUGUAGAAGUUAUUAUAGAUAAAAUGAGGGACAUUCAAAAAGAUUUGAUCCGUAAUGCUACAGAUUAUAAUUAUAAUAAUAUAUUUAUUGGAUAUUGCGUGUUGGUGAUUGCAACAAUUAUUGUGAUUGUUCAUAGUAUUAAAGUGAUGCAUUUUAGCGUAUCACUCAUAUUGACAACGGCGAUUUCACUGUUGCUAGGAUUUUCAUGUUUUGGUAGCAGUUUUAUUGAAGAAGAACAUCAAUUAUGGUGGUGGAUCAUCACAGCAUUUGUAGCAGUUGGGUAUAUCCAUUCUUCAAUUAUAGGUAAAAGCAAAUUCAAACUAUACUUUAUUGUUUUUGUUUGCUUGAGACUUAUCAGGGGUUGGAAUAAUACUGGUCAGCAAACUACUUAUAGUUAUGUCCUUUCAAGCAUUUUAGGGACUAAACCAGCGCUCUUAUGGGCAUUGAAUAUCUGGGCUGUAUUUAUUCUAUGCAUGAGAGACUUCAAAAGAAACCCUGCUUCCUUUAUUUCUAGUUUUACCCUUGGGAUGAUGGUUCUAACAUAUAAAUUGGAUUGGUCUAUUGUUAAUAAAGAACAAAUUCCUGAGUAUUUACAUGAAAUUGUCAGAAAAUAUUGUGAAAUUUAUACAGGUACUAAUGAUGACAAAGUAUUCGAAGAUGCUUUGAUUCCAAUGGCUACUUUAUUUUUCCAGUCUAUCUCAACAAUAUGUGUCAUUAAAAUAUUGGCAGUUAUGUUAAAAAUGCAAAAAUCAGACACUCUUUUAAAUGACAUGGCCAAAUAUAUUACAUUACUAUUAAUUUUCCUAUCGUCAUCUACAAAUAUCCCACAAUUUUUAGUAUUUGAAAUAUUGAGAUAUUGUAUCAUCAGUAUAGUGAAAGAUCAAUAUGACUCUUCAAUAUAUAUUGUAUCCCUCAUUUCAUUGAUUCUUCAAAAUUUUACAUUCUUUCAAUUUGGGGGUACCAAUUCGAUAGCUACUAUUGAUCUUGCUAACGCAUAUCAUGGUAUAUCCGAGAACUAUAACAUAUACAUAAUAGGUUGGCUAAUGACUAUGGCUAAUUUCGCACCCGCCAUAUAUUGGGCAACUUUUUCAUGGGGUAUACUCUAUAAAGGUGUCAAGAAUAAGACAAAUACAUUUGUUAAAUACAAGAUUCCACAUGUCUUGUUCAAUUGCAUUGUGGGUUGUUCUUUGCUUGCAGCAUGUGUAGCAUUAAGAUACCAUCUGUUCAUAUGGAGUGUGUUUAGCCCUAAGCUUUGUUACUAUGCUGGCUGGAUAUUAUUUAUGAACGUUAUCUUCGGAUGCAUCGUAGAGGGCUUCCUCAUAGCAUUAGUAUGA